AUGGCAAAUAAGAUGGGGUGCUGGAAGUGGGUCAUUGUCGGCGGUAUCAGUGUGGCUCUGGUGUUCACCAUCGCGAUAAUCGUGGGCUUCUCGCUGCAGAAACGCACCAGAAACGAUGCACAAACGCAUCCAGGCUGUGAGCAGGGUGGGACCUGCCGCUCUGACGCAGACAUGCUGGACUACCUGCUGAGCUUGGGUCAGAUCAGCCAAAGGGACGGCCUGCUCGUCACCUGGUACCACGCUGCCAACAGCCAGGAGCAAAUGAAGGCUGCCCUCAGCAGUAACAUCAUGGUCUUGGAGGCAGACAUCACAAUAGAAGGGCUCGGCACAGUCAACGAGACCGGAGUCCCCAUCAUGGCACACCCCCCAGACAUCUACAGCGACAACACCCUGGAGCAGUGGCUGGAGGCUGUGCUGGCCUCUUCCCAGAAGGGCAUCAAACUAGACUUCAAGAGCAUCAAGGCUGUGGGCCCCUCCCUGGACCUGCUUCGGCGGCUGACAGAGGAGGGGAAAGUUCGAAGGCCUGUGUGGAUCAAUGCCGACAUCCUGAGGGGUCCCAACAUGGUCAGAUCAACAGAGGUCAAUGCCACACAGUUCCUGGCCUUGGUCCAGGAGAAGUAUCCCAAGACAACCCUGUCUCCAGGCUGGACUACCCUGUACCUGCCCUUGUUCCCAAAUGGGACAUAUACCCAGACCAUGAUGGAGAAGAUGCAGGAGCUGGUGGGAGCACUGCCCCAGAAGGUGACCUUCCCCGUGCGGGCUGUCAUGGUCAGGGCUGCUUGGCCCCAAUUCAGCUGGUUGCUUGGCCAAUCUGACAGGUACAGCCUGACAAUGUGGCAGUCCACCUCGGACCCCCUGACGGUGGACGACCUCCUCUACAUCCGGGACAACACCGCCACCCACCAAGUCUACUAUGACCUCUUUGAACCUCUCCUGUCGCAGUUCAAGCAGCUCGCCAUGAAUACUUCACGGAAGCAAAGCUACUACACCGGGGGCAGCCUGAUCCCUGCUCUCCAGCACCCUGGGGACGAGGGUCUGAGCGUGGAGUGGCUGGUUCCUGACAUCCAGGGCAAUGGAAGCACAGCAACAGUGCGACUCCCAGACCGAGAAGGCAUGAUCCUGCUGGACGUGGGCCUCCAGAAGCCUGCAGCUGGGGACCCCGUGCCCAUCGUCCACACCCCAGAUGGCCGUGCCCUGACGCUGGAGUCCUGCCUGCAGCAGCUGGCCAUGCACCCCGGACGCUGGGGGGUCCACGUGCACAUAGCAGAGCCCGCCGCCCUGCGGCCGUCCCUGGCCAUGCUGGCCACCCUCUCCACCCUUGGCCGCCUGUCUAGGCCCGUGUGGGUUGGGGCCACAGUCUCCCACGGGAGUUUCAUGGUCCCUGGCUAUGUGACUGGCAGGGAGUUGCUUACAGCUGUGGCCGAGCUGUUCCCCCACGUGACAGUGGCCCCAGGCUGGCCCGAGGAAGUGCUGGGCAGUGGCUACAGAGAACAGCUACUCACAGAUAUGCUGGAGCUGUGCCAGGGCCUCUGGCAACCCGUGUCCUUCCAGCUGCAGGCUGGACCUCUGGGCCAGAGCCCCGCUGGAGUCGUGGCCCGGCUGCUGGCAGCCUCUCCCCGGGCCACAGUCACGGUAGAACACAGCCCUGGCCGGAGCCACUAUGCAUCUGUGCGGGCAGUGCUGCUGGCAGCCAGGGCCAUGGAGAAGACCCGAGUCUACUACAGGCUACCCCAGAGCUACCGCCAAGAAUUGCAGGCAGAUAUUGGCAGACACUGA